CCCUGUCAAAAAGAUGGAGCCAUAGAGUGUUCACUCCGAGACCAUAGCAUGCCAUCGAUGGCAAUGGCGAUACUUCAGCCACACACUUCACCUUCUGCGAUUCCAUCUUCCUCCGCUUCAUUCUACGGGAGUUCUCUUCAGCAACCCCGUUUAUCAAAUCUUCGAAACAGCCGCUCCGUUCCCUAUCGCUCCACUUGCAAAGCUUCCUGGCAGGAGCUUGCGGGGGUUCUGAUAUUCUCCGCUAUUCCCUUCACGGCUGUGAAAGCCAUCGCCAAUAGUCCACUCGGAGAGUCGCUCCAGAGACAAAUGGAAAAGAAGAAAGAAGCUGCCAUAGCCAACUCUUCCAAGUUCAAGGCUCUCGCUAGGGAGGCUAGAAAAGAUAGUUCCUGGUAUGGAGAAGAGCGUCCUCGCUGGCUUGGUCCAAUACCAUAUGAGUAUCCAAAAUAUCUAACAGGUGAUCUGCCAGGUGACUAUGGGUUCGACAUUGCAGGCCUGAGCAAGGAUCCCGUGGCUUUUCAGAAGUACUUCAACUUUGAAAUACUGCAUGCUCGUUGGGCUAUGUUGGCAUCCCUUGGGGCUUUAAUACCAGAGAUCCUAGAUAUUUCUGGAGCAUUUCAUUUCAGCGAACCCAUCUGGUGGCGUGUAGGCUAUUCAAAGCUUAAGGUUGGUCCUGAGUACGCAAGAUAUUGUGGUAUAGAGGCAUUGGAGCCCCUGGGAAUAUACCUGCCCGGGGAUAUAAAUUAUCCAGGUGGUGUGUUGUUUGAUCCCUUGAACCUGUCCAAGGAUGCUGCAGCAUUUGAGGAACUGAAGGUAAAAGAGAUUAAAAAUGGGCGGUUAGCCAUGGUUGCCUGGCUAGGAUUUUACAGUCAAGCAGCAUUGACGGGUAAGGGACCAGUCCAAAACCUUCUCGAACAUAUUUCUGAUCCUUUCCACAAUAACUUCCUUUCCCUGCUCAACUCUUGGUAAAGUAGUUAAUCAUCGGAAUGUUUAUAUAAUAUAGAUAUAGUUUCUUCAAAUCUGUAAAGUGUUCAUAGGGAUGGACAAUGUAUCAUAUGGGUGUUCUAGAUGGGUGGUUAUUGCUGAACGAGUUGAUACUUGAUAUAGAUGGGUGGUUAUAUCUCAAUGAGUUGAUACUUGAUGAUGUGGUUAUUAUAUCUACCUUAUAUAUCAAGUAUCUUUGAAAA